AUCCAUUACGCAUCCUUUUCCUUUUCCUUUUUUUUUUUACUCAUUCUUGUUGUAUAUUCGCCUGUACACUCUUAGUUUUACUUACAUCCAAGUCUCGUAUUUACCACUACAACUACUAUUAUAACUAUGGCUGACGGAAAGGGCAAAGCAAAGCUUGUCGAGAAUGCCUCGAUUUCUGCACCUAAUGUUGACCCUGAGCAUGACCCCGCCACCGCCAUUCUGAGAAAGAAGGCUGCUCCCAACAAGCUCAUUGUCGACGAUGCCACCAAUGACGACAACUCAGUUCUUGCUCUCUCGACUGCCACCAUGGAGAGGCUCCAGUUCUUCCGUGGAGAUAUGGUUCUCGUCAAAGGAAAGAAGCGUCGUGACACCGUUUUGAUUGUCUUGGCUGAUGAUAGUAUCGAAGACUCGAAAGUUCGUAUCAACAAGGUCGUCCGCAACAACUUGCGUGUUCGCCUUGGUGAUGUCGUUUCGCUUCACACCUGCACAGACAUCAAGUACGGCAAGCGCAUUCAUGUCCUCCCUGUGGAUGACACUGUCGAGGGCGUUACUGGCAAUUUGUUUGAGGUUUAUCUCAAGCCUUACUUCCUCGAAGCAUACAGACCUGUCCGCAAGGGCGAUCUAUUCCUUGUUCGUGGAGGUAUGAGAGCUGUCGAGUUCAAGGUCGUCGAGACUGAUCCUGCAGAAUACUGUAUUGUUGCGCAAGACACUGUGAUCCAUUGCGAGGGUGAGCCCAUCAAACGUGAGGAUGAGGAGUCCAAUCUGGCUGAUGUUGGUUAUGAUGAUAUCGGAGGAUGCAGAAAGCAGAUGGCUCAGAUCCGUGAAUUGGUCGAGCUUCCUCUUCGUCACCCUCAGCUCUUCAAGUCGAUUGGUAUCAAGCCUCCACGUGGUAUUUUGAUGUUUGGGCCUCCAGGAACAGGAAAGACUUUGAUGGCCCGUGCUGUUGCCAAUGAAACUGGCGCCUUCUUCUUCCUCAUUAAUGGACCUGAAAUCAUGUCCAAGAUGGCCGGAGAGAGUGAGAGUAACCUGCGCAAGGCCUUUGAGGAAGCUGAAAAGAACAGUCCUGCCAUCAUUUUCAUCGAUGAGAUCGAUUCGAUCGCGCCCAAGCGUGAAAAGACAAACGGAGAGGUUGAGAGACGUGUUGUCUCACAGUUGUUGACUCUUAUGGAUGGACUGAAAGCUCGCUCCAAUAUUGUUGUCAUGGCUGCCACAAAUCGUCCCAACUCUAUUGACCCUGCCCUUCGUCGUUUCGGACGCUUUGAUCGCGAGAUUGAUAUUGGUAUCCCCGAUCCAACAGGCCGUCUCGAGAUCCUCCGCAUUCACACUAAAAAUAUGAAGUUGGACGACGAUGUUGAUUUGGAGCAGAUUGCUUCCGAAACUCACGGUUACGUCGGAUCUGAUGUUGCUAGCUUGUGUUCUGAAGCUGCCAUGCAGCAAAUUCGUGAAAAGAUGGAUCUCUUUGAUUUAGACGACGAAACUAUUGAUGCGGAGGUCCUCGAUUCAUUGGCAGUUACAAUGGAGAACUUCCGAUAUGCUUUGGGUAUCUCAAACCCAUCAGCGCUUCGCGAGACUGUCGUCGAGGUUCCUACUAUUACUUGGAACGACAUUGGUGGUUUGGAAAAGGUCAAGCAAGAGCUCCAGGAGACUGUUCAAUACCCUGUCGAGCAUCCCGAAAAGUUCCUCAAGUUCGGUAUGUCACCUUCACGUGGAGUCUUGUUCUAUGGUCCUCCUGGAUGCGGCAAGACCUUGUUGGCAAAGGCUAUUGCCAACGAGUGCCAAGCUAACUUUAUUUCGAUCAAAGGACCUGAAUUGCUCACCAUGUGGUUUGGAGAGUCUGAGGCCAACGUUCGUGAUGUAUUUGACAAGGCUCGUGCUGCUGCACCCUGUGUAAUGUUCUUUGACGAGCUGGACUCAAUUGCCAAGGCUCGUGGUGGCGGUGGUGGAGACGCAGGUGGUGCAGGGGACCGAGUUCUCAAUCAAAUUUUGACUGAGAUGGAUGGAAUGAACGCCAAGAAGAACGUGUUUGUGAUUGGUGCUACUAACAGACCUGAUCAGAUUGAUGGAGCAUUGUUGCGUCCUGGACGUUUGGAUCAACUGAUUUAUAUUCCUCUGCCUGAUGAAGCAUCGCGUCUUGCAGUGUUGAAGUCAACAUUGCGCAAGUCACCAGUUUCAACCGAGAUUGACCUCAGCUUCAUUGCAAAAUCAACGCACGGAUUCUCUGGUGCUGAUUUGACAGAGAUUUGCCAACGUGCUUGCAAGCUUGCUAUUCGUGAGAAUAUUGAAGCAGACAUGCGCAGGGAGCGUGAGCGUAAGGAACGUGGAGAGGAUGCAGCGAUGGAUGAGGAUGAAGACGAUCUUGUCCCUGAAAUCACGCGUGCCCACUUUGAGGAGGCGAUGAAGUUUGCACGUCGAUCAGUGCAGGAUAGUGACAUUCGUCGGUAUGAGAUGUUUGCACAGAACUUGCAGAACUCACGUGGAUUUGGGACGUUCAAGUUCCCAGAAGGAGGUGUCGGUGGAUCAGCACCUGCACAGUCCGAGUCGAACCAAGCAUUUGGUCAAGACAACACUGCAGACGAUGACCUUUAUUCUUAAAGGAAAGAAAGAGAGAAGACAGAGUCAAGGAGUUUGCUAUCAUGACACAUCAAAAAAUCAUCCAACCGCAACAAGCAAACAUCUUUUUUGUACAUUUACAAUAUCAGUCCAUUUUUCUUGAUGCUUUAGGAAUACAACAGUGUAAAUCGCUUUAUCAAUAAAAUUGAAUCAAUGCAAAUCAAA